AGCAGCAGCAACAGCAACAGCAACAUCAACAACAACCACAACCACUCAGCUUGCAAUCCGCGCUCAUCGCCGGCCGCUGCGACCGCAGCCGUUACAAUCUCAGCCACUGGCGGUAGCGUGGUAACUGGUCCGGGCCCCGUCCCGGCACCGGUGGCCCAAUUGCAACACGGAUUGGCGCCCAGCACGCCGCUGCAGCGCGCGACGGCAGCGAGCGGAGGAGGCGCUGUUGGUGCUGGCGCUGGUGUUAGCAGCUGUAACACCGCCUCACCCUCGCCCCUGCCCCUGCCCCUAUCCUCACCCUCGCCAGCAGCAGUUGCCGCCGCUCAGCAGCAGCAACAACCGCUGCAUCAGCAGCAGCAGUUAAACUCCGCAACGGCACGGAUUGCAGCGGCGCUGCAGCGAUCGCCCGCCAUGAAUGCGGUGGCAUCGCCGAUUCCAGCCAACUCAGCGACGUCGGCGCGCAAGAUUCGCCGCAAGACGGACACGAAAAUCAAUUUGCCCCAAUCACAAAUAAACAAGUGCAACAAUGAGAAACGACGACGUGAAAUGGAAAACAAUUAUAUUGAGCAGCUGUCGGAGUUCCUGCAGCUCAAUAAACGUGGAGAUAUGACAUCAACGAAACCGGAUAAGGCGGCAAUAUUAAAUCAAGUGGUUCGAACGUAUCGUGAUAUUUGUGACAAAGGCCAAAGCCGUGAUAUAUCCUCAACAUCUACCAAUAAUAACAACAACUCCACAACAACGACCAACAACAACAAUAAUAAUAAUAAUAAUAAUAAUAACAAUAAUAAUAACAAUAAUAACAACAAUAAUAAUAAUAAUAAUAAUAAUAGCCACAAACCACAAGCAACCUCAACCCGGUGCACCCGUUGUGCGACAGACAACUGCUCGAUACACCCUGUGCAACAGGGUGAAGUCUCAUCAACGGAGCCACCAUUGCCAGAGCCAUCGCUUCUGAACGGUCAAGUGCCGGAAAUAUCAGCUUAUUUCGAGGCACUCGAACAUUACAUCAGCUCGGUGGGUUGGGUCCUGCUGCAGGUGAACGCGAACGGCAUCAUUGAGUCCUGCACGCAGAACAUACGCGAACUGAUCGGCUAUGAGAAGCACGAGCUCUUCCAUCAGCCGCUCUACAUGUACCUCUAUUCGGGGGAUCACGCCAAACUGGAGCCGAUCAUAAACAACAUGUACAGCAGCAGCAGCAACAGCAACAACAGCGGAGGCGGGGGAAGUGGAGGUGGCAACAGUUCAGCGACUGGCGGCGUCUGGGGCGAUCUCGAUGAGCUAAACAAUGGCAAUGCCUCACAGCAAUCAGCCAGCUCCAAUUCCAGCUCCAGUGCGGGCAAUGGAGCAGGCCCAGGACCUGGAGGAGGUGGCAGUGGCAUCGUUGCGAGUAAAUCGAAGCGCAGCAUUUCGACCAAGGUGCGCAUGCUAGUCAAGGAUACGCGACCAGCGACACAAACUUCCUCGUCCUCCUCAUCCUCAUCCUCCAAUUGCGGCGAUGCCAUGGACCAAAAGCCGCUCAGGCAGUCCGGACACCAGGACAAGUAUGAAGAGGUCGUGUUGAUAGCGGCGCCAGUGAAGGACGACGCGGAUGCGAGCAGCUCGGUGCUGUGUCUGAUCACACGGCCGGAGGAUGAGUCGCCGCUGGAGAUCAAUAUACAGCAGCAUGUGCAUCAUCAGCCGACCGAGGAGAUGACCUUCAAGUUGGAUGUGCAUGGGAAAAUACUCAGCCUGGAUGCGACGGCGCUGCGUGAUCCGUUCAAGCAGCAUCUGCAGACGUGGGUGGGUCGACUCUGGCAGGAUCUAUGCCAUCCGCAUGAUCUAUCCACGCUCAAAUCGCAUCUGCGCGACAUUCAGGACUCGGCGGUAGUCCAUUCACCGGGCAGCUCUGCAAAUGCCAGCAAUUCUGGUGGCAAUCCGGGAUCGGGCGGCGGCGGCGGCUCCAUCUCCAAUGUUAUAUCACGUCCAUUUCGCUUACGGCUCGGCGCACCCGAUGUCUAUGUGCAUGUGAAGGCCAAUUCGAGACUGUUCCUCAAUCACACGCCCGGCGAGAGUGAUUUCAUAAUGUCCGUGCAGACGCUGCUCAACUCCGAGAACGAUAUGAAUAGCAACAACACCGGUGCGGGCAGCGGAGGCGCCACUGCCGGCUUGAGUCUCGGCUUGAGUCAGAUGUGCGCCAUGUCGCCGGGCGCCCAUUUGGCCAGCACGCUGGUCAAUACACUCUCCAUGGAGGUGCUGGGCCACAGUUCCACAUCCUCCUCCACAUCCUCUGCCGCCGCAAUGCUGCCCACACAUCUGCUUGGCGGUCUUGUCGGCGGCGGUCCGCACAACAACAACAACAACAGCAGCAACAACAACAGCAGCAACAACAGCAACAACGGCAGCAACAACAACAACAGUGGAGGUGGCAGCAACACACAGACAACGAAUGUGGGCGGACCUCUGAUGAGCUCUGCCAUCCUCAAUGGCAGCGGCAUGCAGCAGCGUUUGGGCAACAGUGGCGCAUCAGGUGGAAAUGCCUCGUCGGCGGCAACGCUGGUGAAUGCAUUCACUGCAUCGCCGGCGCCCGGCGAGCAUUCGUUUUAUGGCAGCGAUGCCUUCGAGUUUGAUAUCGCACAUUCCUCGUUCGACAUGGAUCCCAGCGGAGGCGUUGGCGCCUGGACAGAUUCGCGGCCCAAUUCACGGGCCUCGGUCGCCACGCCGGUGAGUACGCCACGUCCGCCCUCGGGCCAUGGCUUCAGUCCGGCUGUGUGUGCCUCGCCAGCGACACCCUAUCAGCUCUCCUCGCAUUCGGCGGCCAGUUUGCCCUCGCCGCAAUCGAAUGCCAGCGCCGGUGCCGGCGGGAGCAGCAGCUACGGUUUCAAUUUUCACUCCUACGAUCCGGCGGACAGCAAACCGGAUAAGGAGCAACAGCAACAGCAGCAACAGACGGCCAACAACAAUGCCAACAACAGCAACAGCAGCAGUAACAACAACUCUGCUCUAAUCGGCGUUGGUCUGCCAAAUGGCGUCGGUGGUUUGCUGCUCACCUCCCAGCAGCAACAACAACAGCAGCAGCAGCAGCAACAGACGCCACCACUGCAGGAAUCUUCGGAGCGGCUGCGUCAUCUACUUACCAAAUCGCAGGCCGGCGGUUUGGGUGAUGAAGAAAAGUACUUCAAGCAAGAGUGUAACGAGGAUGAGAAGCUCAAUGUGGGAUCCGUUGUCGGACCGGCGGGCAGCUUCAAAUUGGGCGGUCAGAUGGGGCUGUUCGGUCCCCUUGUUGGACGCGGUGCAGCAAAUGCAGCGCUGCUGCAAAAGGCGGGCAACUCCCAGAAUCCGAUGCUGCUCAAGCUGCUGAACGAGAAGAGCGAGGAGGAUGAUGGCAGCGGAGCGGGCGGAACGGGUGCGGGCAGCGGCACUGGCGGACCUGGAAUGCUGAACAAUGUGCGGCAGAGCGAACUGAUGCGUCAGCUGCAGAAGGACGAUGGCGGCGGUCAUGGCCAUGGGCAUGGCAUGCUCGGCGGCGGCAGUGGUGGUGGCGGUGGCAGUGGUGGCGCUGGUGGCGGCGCCAACAUGAGCAACGAGGAUCUCAAACGCAUGCUCAAAAUCCAAAGUGAUCCGGCAAUGAGUCGCAAGCGUUCGCUCAACGAGCCGGACGUUGACAUUGCCGUUAAGCGCUCGGAGGAUAAGCCCAGCAAGCUCUGCUCAGAGAACAAGAUGCUGGCGAAGCUGCUGCAGAAUCCCAUCAAGCUGCCCAAAGCACCAAAUCCGGAGCAGCCGCUGCAGGUGAAAACACUGCCGGACAUCACCAGCUCCUCGGUGAACAGUGUGAGCAGCUCUCUGUCGGUGCCGGGCAAUCUCAUUAGUGCCGCCAGCCAAAGCGGACCCAAAGCGGCGACAGCGACAACAGCAGCAGCCAACAGUCGGGCGCGCAAACAGCAGCAACAAUUGCAACAGCAGCAGCAGCAGCAACAGCAGCAACAACAAUUGCAGCAGCAACAUCAACAGCAGCAGCAACAUCAGCAGCAACAUCAGCAGCAGCAGCAGUCAACGGUACAGCAAAACGAUAUCUACCUCAGCCAGCAGCAGCAGCAGCAGCUGGCUUACCAGCAACAGCAACAGCAGCUGGCGACAACAGCAACUACCUCAAAUCAAACCAUAGCGGCCUCAACAUCAACGUCGGCUGGUGCGCCCGAUCCGGAGCUGUCGAAGCUGCUGGACAGCUUUAUGGAUUAUUAUCCGGAUGACACGCCCAUUGGAAGUGCGGCACCCUCAGAGGCUUCGGCCAUCAGCGAUAUACAGAAAUCGCUGAUGCUCGAUGUGGAAACGGCCGCCUUUGGCGUGUUGCACGCUAUGAAUCCGCAGUUGAUUAUGUCACAGCAACAGCAUCAACAGCUGCUCGCACAGCAACAGCAGCAGCAACAACAGCAGCAGCAGCAGCAACAACAGCAGCAGCAGCAACAACAACAGCGUCAGCAACAUUUGCAGCCUCCUGCAUAUCCAGGAAUGCUUGGACUGCAGCAGCAACAUCAACAGCAGCAGCAGCAGCAACAACAACAGCAUCAGCAGCAGCAACAGCAACAACAUCUGAUACGCCAGCAGCAACGGCAACAGGAACAUUUAAUGGAGGCCGGUCGCUUCCAACGGCCACCGCCCAUUUAUCAGGCGCGUGGGCGUGGCCCCAUGAAUGCUGUAGCCACGCCCGGCGGCUGCGUUGUGCUGCCCAAUCAGCAAAUGCGCAACAUGCGCCAGCAGCAGCAACAGCAAAAGGAGCGACUGCUGCAACAGCAGCAAAAGCAACAGUUGCUCGUCCCAGAGAAUGCAACUGGCAUAAAUGCGGGCAUCAAUAAUAUUGGCUCACUGCUGAAUACAACAGUGGCGCCGAAUGUGUCGCUCUCGAGGACCAAUCUGCCGGCCGAUGCACAACUGAGUCCCAACUUUGCGCAAACGCUGAUGCAGCAGCAGCUCAGUCCUGGACGCAGUGCACCCUACAGUCCGCAGCCAAAUCAAGGAUAUGGGCCGCAGUUUGCUCAAAAUGCGCAACGGCUGUCUCCGCAGCAGCAGCAGCAGCAGAAUCCACAGCAGCAACAGUUGGCGUAUCUGCAACAGCAGCAGCAGCAACAGGCUGGCGAUGGAGGUCGCUCCAAUACACCGUUUGGCAGUGGCUCGGGAAUGCAAUCGCCGGGCAUGCAGAGCAGUCCGCAGCAAUGGACCACAGUGGCUGGUGGAGCAGCCGGUGGUGUCGCUGGUGCUGUUGGUGGCGGACCGGGUGGUCCGCUGCCAGCUGGCAACGCCAGUCGCUCACAGCAACAGCAUAAUAAUCCCUUGCUCAUUGCGCAGCUGCAGAACAACUUCAAUGCGCGUCAAUAUCAGCAGCAGCAACAACAGCAGCAGCAGCAGCAGCGCCGCGGCCUCAACUCACCCGGUGCCGUUGGACCCGUGGGCAAUGCGGCCGCUGUGUUGCAGCGUCAGAACUCCUUCCAGGCGCAGGGCGGCAGCGGCGCCAGCACGCCCGACGGCAGCAGCGGACCAGUUGGCCUCAGUUUCGGCGGUGGCCCACAGUCGCCGUAUGGCGGCGGUGCGCCAGGCAAUGCCUUCCAGCAGCAACAGCUGCAGCGGCUCCAGCGGCAGGGCAGCGUUCCGCAGGCGACGCAACAUUUGCCAGGCUCAACGCGUUUCGGUUUGUCGCCUGGCAACAACAACAACAACAGCAGCAGCAGCAACAACAACAACAGCAACAGCGGCAACAAUAACAACAACAACAACAACCAUAAUGAUAAUGCAGCUGCCGCCGCUAGUCAACAACAGCAACACCAACACCAGCAGCAGCAGCAGCAACAACAACAGCAACAGCUGAUGAAUGGGAUGAGCAUGUCGCCGCAUCCGGCCAUGAUGGGUGUGGGUGGCAUGGGCAGCGGCGGUGGCAAUGGCAUCAUUGGGCUGGGCGGUGGCGGCGGCGGCGCUGGUGUCAGUGGCGGCAGCUAUGCAGCCCUGGCUGCAUACGGUCAAUCGCAGCAGGCGAAUGAUUUCUAUGGUCGAGCCCAGACCGCUGGCAACGCUGGCGGCGGCGGCGGUGGCGGUGGCAAUGCCAAUUCGGAUUUUGUCAAACAGGAGCUGCGCGCGGUGGUCAGCGUGCGUGCUCAGCAGGCGGCUGCCGCUGCCACUGGUGGCGGUGUGGGCGUAGGCGGUGCGGGCGUGGCACAGCGCGGUCAGACGCCGCAGAGUCCGCUGCAGCAGGGACCAAUGAUUGGUGGCAGCGGCAAUAGUACAAAUUCCAUGGGCGGCAAUGCCACGCCCACUGGCACUGGCAGCACUGGCAAUCCAAUGCUCAACACACCGCCAGACCCAACGCUGGGCUUCAGCUUCGAGACGCCGGACUUCUUUACGAGCAGCGCCACAAGGUGACCCUAAGGCGCCGGCGGCUAAGCAAACAAAAUCCCUACAAUUCAAGGACAAAAUCUGCUAAACAACAACAACAACAUCAACAACAACAACAAGAAAUUUAUGUUAUUCAAACGCAUUUAUAAGGCUCUCAGAAUGUUUUCCAUUUAGAAAUGAUGAUGGAUGUCGCAGCAUUUUUGUAAACAAAAUAAUAAUAAUAAAAAAAAAAGAAAAGAAAA